AUAGCCAGACAUACAUAAACUGCGUAUAUUGUGAGCAAAACGAAGUGAAAAAUUAAUACAGUGAGUGAGAAAAUCAACUUUGGAGUAUUUUAAUCAUGGGAAAGUCAUCGAUUAUUGGAAAGCUUUUUGGUCUUCAGGAGAAUCUCCUCAUAAUUUUAUAGAAUUGUUGGAUAUUUCACCAGUUUUUGUAGCGAAAGAUGCAUAGUUCGGGAUUAUAUAAAGAUCCAGCAUUCUCCGUUUCCGUUGGCAUCGCUGCCCUAAUUCUCGAAGGCAGACCCAACUACAACGUCUCCAACGAUGUCUUUCUCAGCUACGACGAACAUUUUGAGCAUCGCGCAUCCGAAAACUCCGCAACGGUGCCGCAAGCAGCAACCACAACGCAACGUAUCAGCCAAAAACUCCAGCAAAUCCGGAAUUAUCCGAGCACGAGCAAGGAUUACGUCGAAAAUACGGUCGAAAUAUCGGUAGGUUCGCCCGUCGGUAGUAACCAUUCCGACGAAUUUGCCGAACGUAUCUACGUCAAUCGCAAGCUUUUCCGCGGAAAUGAGUAUCCGCGUGCCGCCAGCAAGAGUGCCGCGUCGCGAUCACUGUUCAAAAGUCACAUUGACACGUCGUGGACCGAAACGAGUGUCGUCUACAAUGGGCUCGAACAAAUUAAGAUGCUGCACAACAUUUCGCCGUUGAAGAUAACUGCAAUGCCGAAAAGUCACGCGAACACGAAGAAGAAGCCCAGCGGUGUGAGUGUUGCGGCGCAAGGCCCGCACUGCGAGCAAUUCUUGAAGAAAAUUGGAUUAGUGAAGAAUGAGUGCAUUACCGAUGAAAUUGAUCACAAAUGCGAAUAUUUUAACAACAUCUGUCGUGCCUGGCAAUCGAAUUUAACGAAAAUCACGUCAAUCUUGAGCACGAACGAAUGUGUGUGCAUCGAAGUCUAUUUAGGUCCCGAAACUCAGAUGAUUUUGUUGGAAGAGUGGAUUAUUAAAACGAUUGAAAAAUCAUCUCGUCCUGUGAUGUCGUUGCAAUCACUUUGCAGUGCAAUCCGUAGCCAAUUAUACUUUUCGCAAAUAGUAGCGUGGACCGAACAACUCAACAACUUGACAUCGCCGCUGCCAUUUGACGUAAUCAACAAUCCUCGAAUAGUAAAAGAUGAUCACGGAGCCUCGGCAAAGCUCGAUAUCGUCUUUCGCAUCCGUGCAUUCGACGGAGCCUCGAAUUUCAGUGAAAAGCCUCAAGUGCAUCAAUUUCCGGACGCGAAUUUGACGGAAAGUACGAGUAUUCAGGUGUGUUUGAAGAGCUUGCCGCGUCGCAGUGUCAUUCCGACAGUAGUUGGAGCGGUAAAAUGUGAAAAUUCAGAAGCGCCUGUGACGGAGAAGAAAUUGCACAUUUGCACGGAAAAGGGAAAACACUGUUGUCGCGACGAAAUUGACUCUCCCACAUCGAAGGAAGACGAAAAGAAAUUUCCCGUGAACAAUUUUCCGAUUCCCUCGUCGGAACAUCGCGAGAAACAGUUGCAAAAGUAUCGCAAACGCAUCAUGAAACGCGAAAAAGUCAAGAAGAAAACGGACUCGAAUAGUUGUGGUUCCAAGAGUGAUGAUUCAAGUGACAAUCAGACCCUCAAACAAGUGGCUACAAUGUCGUCGCAAACGAUAACGACGCAAGCAAACAACAAAACCACACAAACAACCGCGCCAAAUGCCAACACUGUGGGCACGCAAACGGACUAUUGUGAUAUGAUGAUGAUGAUGAUGACGGGUUACGAGCAAUUUUGUAACAACCUCAACAAUAAAAGACCGAUGUGUCUUCACUGUGAUAACGAACAAAAUGGCGAAAGCAUGCCCUUUGUUCACAACAACGAAGCAGAUCCGCUCGAGAAGGCGGACAUUUUGCUGCAAGCCUUGGAACGUACAGCUUCUGUCAAUUCGAAACGCCCAAAGGACAACAUCUACAUGAAUGUCCACGAAAUCUUCAAGCGACAAAAGUGUUGUCAGAACAAGAAAUCCGAAUCGAGUUCGAGCGAAGACUCGUCGUCGCUCUCGUCGUACAUUACGGAGCAAGAACAACCCGCAACGAACUUGCUUACGGAGAACAAUAACAAAAUAACACUGCCAUCGGAAGUCGCUGCAGCAGCAUCAUCAUCCGCAACUCGUCACUCAUCGAGUUACUCAUUUUUGUCAGAGCCAGAUUGUGAUACGUGUUUAAGCUACGAAACGAAUGGCAGAGCAGCAGCAGCAGCUUCGCCAAAGUCUCCCGAAUUAUUUGUGCUCGAGGGUCGUUCGAAUCCUCAGCAAAUCUCACAUCAGAGAUCAUCCACGGAAAAUGUCUUUCAUUUUGACGAUGCCUCAUCACCGUGUAGCAGUAGCAAUAAUAGUUUAAGCAUACCACCCGUUCAAAAAUCGAGUUCGGCGCCGACUUUUUAUUGCGCCGCUACGUCAGCAACCUCAUUAUCGCCCCGUUUUUGUCGUCUGGCUGCCAUAUACAACCGUCGCUCGCGACACUUGUCCGAUCGUUCAUCCACAUCCGAAGAACAAUUCUCCGACGACGACACUUUCAUCAAGUCAUCCGGCACAAGUUCCCUUUCAAAGUUCUCGCGCGGCAAGGAUUUGGGACUUUUCAAGCGAAACACACUUCUCGGAUCUCUCGAAGAAUCACUUUUGCAUUAUCGCAUCCCCAUUAAACAUCAAGUUGUCGGAUUUAAAGUAUUAUUAGGAGCGUCCGGGAGUUUUUGCCCGACGCAAUUAACCGUACCAGCUGUGUCAUCUUUCUAUGAGCUCGAUGGGCAUUCCGUUUUGACGCCCUAUGUCAGCGAGUUCAAACUACCUCGAAAAGGAUAUUGUGUACCGCGUCAAGGUACCAUUCAAGUUACAUUACUUAAUCCCCUUGGAACGGUCGUGCGAAUGUUCGUUGUGCCGUACGAUUAUAGUGAUAUGCCGCCGACAAAUGUCUCGUUCAUUCGUCAACGCAUCAUGGCACGUCGAGUGGACUCGCCCUCAGACUCCAAUUCGGGCACCACGAAUGCCCAUGAGUUUGAAAAAUUGAGUCGCAAUGAGCAAAUGCGAUUACUGCGAUAUGCAAUUCAUUUGAGAUUCAAGACAUCUCGUUCGGGUCGCCUCUAUCUGCAUACAGAUGUGAAAAUUCUCGUGUUACGGAGACCCGAUUGUGAUACAGCAGCUGCACACGCCAAUAAUUCAAUUCUGGAAUCACCAAAUGAAUUAAACAUAUUAACGAUAGUUCCAGAGCCAAAAUAUAGUCAGCGUUUCGAUAAGUAGAGUUACAUGGUAGUAGAGAUAAAUAUAUAGAUAGAUAUAUAAAUAUGAAGAAAACAUAUUAGUGAGCAAUGAAAUUUUAAGAAAUGCUAAUUUUUUUUUAUUAUUUAAUUCACAAUUUAAAUUCCCUCAGAUUUUUCGUUAGAUAAUUUUUAAACUAGAACAAAGUAAUGUUUUAGGUUUCAUUGCAAAAAUAAAUAUUUAAUAAAUUUCAAAGCAAAGAGUUUACGAAUUGUCUAGUUAAUUAUACUAUUAUUAUAUUAGUUUGUAAGUCAGGUGUGUCAUUUUUACGUUUUUCACGCUAAUUUUUUCUUCUUUUCAUUUCCAUUAGUACAUUGUUUGCGUUAAAGAUUUAUUUUACCAGAAAGAAACAUUAACUAUAGAGCUAAAUAAAAAAAGAGAAGAAUUAACUAUGAAGUAGGACUUCAAGAUAUAGAUUGUAGGAAGAUGAUAUGAGAAAAUAAUAUAUAUGUAAAUAUAAAUGAAAGCACAAUAA